CCAACUCGACAGUACCAGCUGAGACGAGCGGUUGUUCCAGGAGGUGGUGGAGGGAGAGGACGAAGCGGCGGCGGUAGCCGUGAAGCUGUUCCCGCUAUUGUGGGAAGAAAAAAAAAACAGAAACCCGUGUGAUGAACGGACCGGGCCUGAUGUGUGUGAGCGAGAGAGUGUGGCGGGGGAAGAGAAACCUUCCGGACUCCCUGCGGGGAGCGGCCUGAGGUCGGAGUGAAGCUUUCCACACCUGGCAGCCGGUUUGGAGGGGGGAGGACGCGGAGGAGAAAAAAACACGAGGAUGUUAAUUGCUGUGGGAAGAUGAACCAGCGGCACGUUUUGUUUGUAUGUCUGAUUCUCUCGGUGUUAUAUUGGUGCCCCCGUCGGCACAUAGGUUGUACCGGGCAGCAGGAAAGUUCCUCAAUGCAAACAAAUUUUGCACAAGUUAAGCACUUUGAAGAAAAGCCCAAACAGGAUGUGACUGAUGAAUUUUCAGAUGUGACGCCUUCGGAUGUCACUCAUGUUGAUCACUUACUAGAAGUCUGCACAAAAGCAAACCAUCAGCAUGUGAAUUCUGAACAGUUGGACUUCCCUGAGCCUGGACUGGAGCCUUCUGAAGGACUGGAAGAACCUCCCAGUAUAGCUGCUAGUACUGAUAACAUUUCCAGUUCAACUACCUCAGAGAAUUCCUCCCUCUUGCAGCACAGUGCAAUAGAAAAAUCCAGUGAUGAUAUUCCUGUAUUAAGCUAUGAGCAGUCUAAAGCUGACUGUGAUGCUGGAGGGAAAAGUGAGGCUGUCCCUCAAUGCAGGUCCCCCUCCUAUGUUAGCCUAGCUGAAGGACCUCCAGAGAAACCUAGUGAUGGCAGCAAAAUCUCUUCAAGCGGUAAAGGAAAUCUACCUGAAACUGAGCUUUCUGAAAUUCCAAAGACAAUCCUGCCUGAAGCUGAAGAACAGAACCCAGAAUUAGAAAAGACUUCUAACACGUCAGAGGACAUGUUGAAUGAAGAGUUUUCAGAAGAUACUGAAAUUUCAACAGCAGUGGAUCCUGGCGAUUCUUCUUCUGUGAUUCCAUCCAAGGAUUCAGGAGACAUUCCCUCAUUUGAUGAAUGGAAAAAGAAAGUGAUGGAAGAAGAAAAAGAGAAAAGCCAGUCAUUGCAUACCUCUAGUGGUGUCCUACAUUCUGCGAAAAAGCUACAGAAAAACUUCAAUAACUAUGCCUCUGUGGAGUGUGGAGCCAAAAUUCUGGCUGCAAAUCCAGAAGCAAAGAGCAAUUCAGCAAUUCUAAUGGAAAAUAUGGACCUGUACAUGUUAAACCCAUGCAGCGCAAAAAUCUGGUUUGUAAUAGAGUUGUGUGAACCAAUCCAAGUCAGACAGCUUGACAUUGCAAAUUUUGAGUUAUUUUCUUCUACACCAAAGGACUUUCUUGUUUCCAUCAGUGACAGAUAUCCCACUAAUAAAUGGGUUAAACUAGGAACAUUCCAUGCUCUGGAUGAGAGAACUGUGCAAAGCUUUCCUUUAGAUGAACAAAUGUAUGCCAAGUAUGUCAAGAUGUUCAUCAAAUACAUAAAGGUGGAAUUAGUAUCACACUUUGGGUCAGAACACUUCUGUCCCCUUAGCCUCAUAAGGGUGUUUGGUACCAGCAUGGUGGAAGAAUAUGAAGAAAUUGCAGAAUCGCAGUACAAUGCAGAACGCCUUGAAUAUCUUGAUGAAGAUUAUGAUUACCCAUUGGAUUAUGGUACCCGAGAAGAAAAAUCCUCAAAAAACCUACUUGGUUCAGCCACAAAUGCUAUUCUGAAUAUGGUGAAUAUAGCAGCCAAUAUGCUUGGGGCCAAGAAGGAAGCAGAGGAAAUGUCUCAUUUGGAAGUCAAUGGAAGUAUUAGAUCUGAGAAUGAAACUACAAAAUUGGAUGUACCUGUGCCUGACUCUAGCCCCACCUCUUCAGUGCCAGAGCCAGACGUAGGUGAUCAUUCUGUGACUGAGGAAGCUGGUGAACCAGAGAGAGCACCUUCUGAUUCAAGUACUCAUAAGGAGAGCCUAAUUGUCCAAUUGGUACACGAAGAAGAAGAAGAAUUGGUAAAUCGGCAGUCAACUGUCACACUUCUAAAACCUGAAGAUGAUGACUAUGAUUAUAAAGGCAGCUGGCAUGAAACUGAAACACAGAUGUACUGCAGUGAACUGCCCACUAUUUCUUGUAUUUCUAGUUUCCCUGAGUACAUUUACAAAUGCUGCUUUCUUGCUGCAGCCCUUCAACGGCAACGCAGUGUGACAUUUGGGUGCGAAACCAUCGAACCAGUUUCUGACAUCCAAGUUCUAACUAGGCAAGAGGAGCCUCUUUUACUAAAUGAAACAAAAGAAACAGGGGGUGAAUUGGACAGUUUGAUACCUGAAAAAGUAUCUACAAUUAGCAAUGAAAGUCAAUCUAGUACUAAUUUGUCUGAGCAUUUAUUUAAUCACACUGACUCUAUUGAGUUGGAACCCAGCCAUCCUCCACCUGCUUCACAUUCUCCUGAAGUCAGUACAUCUGUUAUAAAAUAUGAUGUGAAAUGUACUGCCGUUCUCCAAAGUUCUCAUGUUGUCACUGACACACUGGCUGGUCAGGUCCAUCUUCAACCAGAGCUCACUGUACCUAUUCUGGAUCAAGGUAUAGAACCUAAACUGGAAACACCACAAAAGGAAGCAACUAAAGGUCUAGAAACUUUGCUCGUAUUAGACACUGAAACGGCUAAUGAGACUAGUUUAGGGGUUUUAUUAAAUGGGUCUGUGAAUGCAAACCAAGAAACUACUCAAGUACCGAUAACCCCCACAAUACCUACACAGACAGCUGAUACUGUCAUCGAACACCCAACAACUGAGAUUCAGAACGAAACAGCUAGUGGUAAAAGUACCUUGGUAGAAUCAGAAGUACCUUUGCCACAUUCAGGUUCAGAUAUGCCAUCAGCAACAGAGAUAAAAGAUGAAGAACAAGCUGCAGAAGAUAUCCUCCUGUCUGUUCCAUCCUCAAAUGGGCUAAACAGAACAGUUACUGAUUUCUAUGCGGAAUUGCAUAAUGUUACUGAUUUGGGAUACACUAACGGGAAUCAAGUACAUGGAUCCAACCAAAAGGAAUCUGUAUUUAUGCGUCUCAACAACCGUAUUAAAGCAUUAGAAAUGAACAUGUCGCUCAGUAGCCGCUAUCUUGAAGAACUGAGUCAGCGGUAUCGCAAACAAAUGGAAGAAAUGCAGAAGGCAUUUAACAAGACCAUUAUAAAACUACAGAACACUUCAAGAAUUGCUGAGGAGAAGGAUCAAAGGCAAACUGAAGCAAUUGGUUUACUUCAAGGACAGCUUGCAAAUAUGACCGAACUAGUUAGAAAUCUAUCUGAAACUGUGAUAAAACUGGAACAUGAGGUUGCAGACCGCCAGAGCUAUCUUGUGGUUUCUUUAGCUCUCUGUAUAAUUCUCGUAAUACUGCUUUGUGUCCAGCGAUGUUGGAACAGCCCGAUAUCACAUGACAUUCACUCACCUACCAUUCCCAAAAGCAAUCACUACCCAAGCCCCAAAAGAUGUUUUUCUUCCUAUGAUGACAUGAAUCUUCGCAGGCGAACAUCGUUCCCCCUUGUUCGGUCAAAAUCGUUUCAGUUACCUACAACAGAAGUGGGCCCAGAUGACUUGUACAUUGUAGAACCGCUAAAGUUUUUACAGGACAAUAAGAAGAAAAAACGUUGCAGAGCGAAAAUAGAGAAGGCUCAAACCAUAAAACCUACAGAGUCUGUAAUCCCAAUAGUUAACGGCGGGAUAAAACCUUGCAAACCUCUUUCAAAUCCAAGUGACUUUUCUACCACGGGUGUUGUCUACAGUUCUUCUCACAAAGGUCCCCCAUCUGAAGGGGGUUCAGAGACCUCCUCGCAAUCAGAAGAAUCCUAUUUCUGUGGAAUUUCAGCCUGCACAAGCCUCUGCAAUGGACAGCCACAAAAGACUAAAACUGAAAAACGAUCUUUAAAAAGAAAGAAGUCAAAGGUCGCAGAUCAAGGGAAGUUCAUUAGUAACUUGAUACAGACUAAAUCGGGAUCAAUGCCAAGUUUGCAUGACAUAAUAAAAGGAAACAAAGACAUUACAGUGGGAACACUUGGUGUCCCAACAGUUUCAGGCCAUGUGUGAUUGUGAUUUGUCGACUUGGGGUUAGAACUAUCUCUUCCUGCUCUGCGUUUAUGGUUUGCAAGGUACUUUUUUGCCUUGCAGUGUCUGAACUUCAAACUACGAAUCUGCCAAUGCGAGAGUUUUCAGGGUAGUGAGUUGCACUUUUUCCACUGUCUGUCUCUCGGGGAAACAGCAUGUCUAUUUUGAAGGGUUCGUGAGAUGGAAGAUGAGUCUCUAACUUGGCAAGACAUGGAAUUAAUUGGAUGGAGAAUCAGUGUAAUUAACUGGUUACAGGUGGAACAGGGUUUAAGCUACAACUUCUGUGUCGAGCUGUAUUCCUCUUUUUUGCACCUUUCCAUAUUUGUGCCUUUGUAUAUUUAUAAUGUAGCUGAAAGAUGGAACAUUCCAUCUCCGAUUUACCUUGGUGUUCAGCUUUCCUUUUAAGUAUACAGAAUUUGACAGUGUAACACUAUAGUGCUGCAGAGAUGGCCUGCGCAUGGUCAGUUGAACUUAAAUUCCAAAAGUAAAAUGGGAAAGGUUAGAGUGGGAGGGAGUUUCAGUGAAUUUUUUGCCCAGCAAAUUGAUUUUAUAUUCUUUCCUUUGUAGGUGAACUGAUUAAAUUGGUUACAGAUUUGUGUGCAUUUACCCUGGUACUUUCACAUCUUGGUACAGUGUUUUUAUUUGAGAUAUAUAUUAGAAAGGUGAUGUGUGAAAAUGUUUUUUGAAUGUAAAUAUUUGAGUGAAUGAGCAUUUGGAGAGCAUCCUUCAAUGGUGGACAUAUGUGAGACGUUUAAAUCAUUAACUUAUAGUUCAAUGUGCACUUUCACUUUUUUUUAUUCCAAUGCCUUUUGCUGAUUUGGAGUUUGUCAUAGCUUGUGUAACUAAUUUAAUACUGGAUUUCAAGUGUUCUGUGUCCUGUCCACCCCCUACCCCAUUGGGUUUUACUCCAGUGGGAUAAUCUUAUCCAGCUGAUCUGCAUAUUAGCCAGUUACAGCACUUGAGGACCGUUUAUGGACUUGAGGGUCCAAAGUUGAGCAACGUUAUUUAUGUUUUUAAAAUUUGUCAUGUUUUGAGUGCUAUGCACACCACUGUGGAACAUGAGCAUAAUGUGACUGCAGAGCUGUAGUGCCAUUAGAAAACUGUGAAUUUCUAAAUAAAACUGAACACUUCAUUGUCUUUU